AUGAAUGGCUUAUCUCCUGAAACAUCUGAAAAACCCUACCCCUCCUCCCCUGAUCAAAACCUUUUCACCCCACCCCACUCUGGUCAAGAUGCAGCCAGAGAGAUUUCUAGCUCGGAGAGGCGACAGUAUAACAAGGCAUUGAAAGCCAUGUAUGAAAUUGUUCGGUUGGGAUCAAAACGUUUGGAGAAACCUGUAACUGAUGGUGACCAUGAUGAUGAUGAUGAUGAUGAUGAUGACAUGAUUCCAGAAACAGUGACAGAAACAUCUGAAACUGAAGAAGACCUAAGUGGUUUGUUAUUUUAUUUUUAUUCAUUUGCUCUUUUGAUUGGCCUUAAAUACUUAUAUCUAUUUAAUGCACCUUUUGAUAGCCUGCGAAAACAUCCGUUUCUCCUCGCUCUUUGCUGCUGGGGACGUUUCGCGCAGAGGAACGGCUGCGACUCCGCGACAGAAAUUCUAUACUGAUGACGCAAAUCAAUGUUUACUUAAUAAAUCCGGUAGUCGUGGGGUUCCAAAUGUAAACUUAUUCAAUUUUAGGUUUCUCCUGAUUGAUUUUGGUAAAGUGUUGUGUUCAUCUGCGAACGAGCUCCAUCAAAACUCAAAUGCUUGUUGUAGAGAAGACUAUAUUCCACAAAUGUUGACUAUUUUGUUAGAGAUUCAUCGCGUUUACAUUUGACCUUUGUGGCCUUUUGUCUUUUGUCUGUCAUUGAUAAACAAUAGCUAAAACAAUGUAACUACUGCGUCAACCAAUCAGGGCUUCUGACCGGAUUUUGGACAUAUUUUACGUCAUCAGUAUGGAAUUUCUGUCGCUCAGUCGCAGACGUUCCUCCACGCGAAACGUCCAGAGCCGCGAAGAGCAAGGAGAAACGGAUGUUUUCGCAGGCUAACCUUUUGAUUGUAUGUAGAAGAAAUCUAUAGUAAAUAAUGGAGCUUAUCAUAAAUUCGAGUUAAGCUCAUUGGUUAAAUCACCUGACUUGACAGUCCAAGGUAGCUGUCCAACUGUCUUAAGCUCUUGAUGCAGAAAAUGCCACAUCUUUGUGGAAAAGUUUCUUUUGUAGAAACGUGAAUAGUUAUCAUGGCACUUUUUAGAAACAAGGAGUGCUAUUAUUUUGGGGCAAUAUGAUAAUUUAAAUUCCUCAUUACUCAAAAUUGUAUGUUAUAGUACUUAUUAUUUUGAAUUGUGUAUUACAGAAACCUUUUGUUUCUUUAUUUGUAGGAGAUGGAAAUCGAUAUUCAGAUCAUGUGACACUUGCAAAUUCCCGUACAAAAAAGAAACUGACGUCCAAAAUGUAUGAAAAGCAGGUGAGAAUAGAUAUAUCUCUGCAGUAAAAGGAUUCCUUACUGAAGGGAUUUUGUCCUUUGAAAUUUCAAUCUUAAAUCAUCAUCCAGGGAAUAAUUUUCUUGGGCUCUCGCUUUAUUGAUGUGAGACCAGUCUUUCCAGGUACAAAAUCUGAUCACCAGACAAGAGUGUACUGAAAAACACAAUGCAUUUCAAAAUAAAACUUAAGGCUGCUUCUUUUGUCUGUAUUUGAAUUUGUGACAUUUUUGGUGGCUGCACUUGGGAGAAAUGAUUGUAUUUUUGCAAUCUUCUACAAUGUUUGUGUAUAUUUUGCGAAGGUUCAACAUCACCUAGAUGCAGACAAUGUGAAGCGAAUCCACAGAGAACUGAUGAAGAUAAAUGCCAUGUUGCAGGUCAGACAAGUCAUUUUUGGACAUUAUUCUUGGUGAGCAAUCUUUCCAAGUCUAUCCUAGUCAUAAGUCACUUACACUGUUGUUUUUCGGCAGAGGGAAAGUGAAACUCUUCACCAACGAGAAGUUCAACUUCGUGAACGAGAGAAAGCUCUGCGAGAUGCUGAGAAGCUCAGUCACACAACUGAUAUCAUUAUCGACAGAGUAGUGACGCAAGAAGUAGACAAUCGCUGCCAAGCUAUUAUAGAGGUGAAAAAUUUGGCUUACUAGUUUUUUUGUAUCAGUAAAAAGUACAUUGUUGAUGUCUAAGAUUUAAGGUACAAUGAGGGACAAAAGUGUUGAGACACUUCUAUAAAAUGGCCCCUUUUUGCAUUGCCAUAGUGGACAUAUCUAUCCCCUCCCCCUGUGUAUCCCCACCCCUCCCCCCAAAUCAAUGUUGUAUUUUAGACCCUCAAUUCUUUCUUUUACUACAAACAACAUUGAUUCGGAAGUGGGGGAUUUAUGGUGUUUAAACAGAAUGAAAUAAUAAGUGAAUGAAAUUGUUGAAAAGAUAUAAAUUGUAGUUUUAAAUGAUUUCCUGUUAGUUUCACCAGUGAUGAUUUCCCACAUCUCUCAUUAUAUAUCUUAACAGAAAUAUGAAAACAAACUUGUAGAACUGGAAGAUGUAAUCAACAAGAAAGCAAGAGAAACCAAGCGUUUGAGGGAUUCAUUUGACACAAUAAAGACUGCAAACGACUCCCUGAAAAAGCAGGUGACAUUUUAAGCCAGUAUAAACAAUUUUUUGUGGUAAUUAACAAAGUUAUUGUUUAUUGAAUUUUCUUAAUAUUAUAUUGCAACUUCCUAGAUCACUGAUUUAGAGCAACAAAAUAGAAGGCUAGAGACACAGGCUCUGAGUGUACAAAGCAGACUUGCUAACUUACAGGUUAGGUGGUGAUGGUGAUGAUGAUGAUAAUGAAGAAUUUAAAUGAUGUUGCAGAUUAACCCUCUAAGUCCCAGUAGUGACCAAGAUCAAUUUUCUCCUAACAAUAUCCUUACACUGUCAAGAGUUAAGUUAUGAGAAUUUUUUAAAAUGACCACCCAAGAGAAAUUGCCUUGAUCUAUCAUCGAAUUCUCUCAACUAAUUCUUUAACGAAAUGUAUGGAAAUGUUUGGAGAAUUUGUAUGUGGAUACUGGGGCUUAAAGGGUUAAGGCAAUGAUGAUGAUGAUUAUGAUAAUGGCGACAAUGGUAAUUCUAGUUUACAUUCAUGAAGAUGGAAGGUUUCAAUGUCUGUGGCGGCAUUACUACAUUACUGACCUCUAACAGAACCCAGUGGGCCCUGGCUCCUAACUUUUUCUCCCAGGCAACUAGAAAAUCUCAGUUUUUUUUUUCAGAGAAAGCAUAUGCUGGGCACCCUGGAUUUCACAGAUUCAGAUCGCUGGGCCCUCUUCAAUUUUUGUUAGAGUACAGUCUUGAAUGGAAAUCUAAAAAUACCAUUGUUCCACUGUUACUUGAUAGGAUGCCUCUACAUGCUUCUGAAGGUGAAAUAAUAAAUUCACCUUUACUAGUUUCUGGACAACUAAGUAUCCUCAUUGUUUAACACAUUAUUUAUAAAUAAAUGUGUCAAUUGCAGUAGGUCUUGAAUUUCCUUCUAACUCAAUACUUUCCAUUUCCUCAUAGCCUAAUCAUUCAUCCUUUCUUUUUUUUAUCAGAGAAAGAAUGAGAUUUUACAAAGAAACACUAAACCAGAUGAUAAGCAGCUUGAAAAAUCACGAAGCAUCAAGCUCAUGUCAGAGGGAAAGGAAGGAACUAGUAUGUUGUCUCUAGAUUAACGAAUCCUUUUUGACAAAAAGCUGGUAUUGUGCACAAAGUUGUCGUGCUCAUCUCUGAUGAUUACCAAUAGCUUCAGGACUCCAUUUUGACACUCCUUGUUGACAAAGUUGUACAUUCAUGUACGGGGAUUGUCAUCUUCCCUCUCACAGCUUUGAUCCACCAGAACAUAGCAGUCUUGCUAUGUAACUGGCUGUUUGUUGUUCACUGCCCAGGUGAAAAGUGGAUCUUUUGUGGCUGUUUCCUUUGAAGAAGGAAUAUUAUCAUUGACUCAGUAAACCAAAUUAAAGCUUGAGUGUAGGUUUAUGUGAGUACCAUUCUUCAUCAUUGCCAUUCAGGAAAGCUUUAGUUAUCAAGCAAUUGUACAUCUUUUUUAUCAUUUUCCUUUGGAAAUUCUUCAUUCUUCUCUUCUUUUUGUUUUUUAUUUCAGACACAUCAGCCAAGUCUGUGUCUUUCUCUCAAAACAAGGUACAUAUCUGUAGAAAAAUAAAUAAAUACAUAAAAAUACCCUUUAAAUAGAUACAAAAAUAAAUAAAUAAAUAAAUAAAUAGGUCAAUAGAUAGAUGAAUCUUGUAUUCAUUUAUGUUAACAUUCCAACGAUGUUGCCAGGUGAAUUUUUCCGGUUUGUUUGAAGUUCUGUCAGUGUUACUGGAAUGGACAUCAGAGUCACAUCUGCAGAGGGUGCCGACAUUUCAGGACUCACCUCAGGGAAGGCUACAAGAACAACAGUUGGACUUCCCUUCAGCUCUUGUGCAUGAAAAGUGUUUAAAAGUACGUCUUGACAAGCGGAAGGUGUUUGUGGUUGCAUUAAAUUAAGGUUUUCAUUUUUGCCAUGCAUGGUUAGUAAUUAUAGUAUAUUUUUGCAGUAAAUGUAAUAGUCCGCCAGGACACAUCUGACACUAAUCAAAGAAACUCUCUCGACCCUGAACUGUUUCUUUUGGUAAUUUGUCUUGGAGGGUUGUUGAGGUCUGUGAAAGAUUAGGGUCAGGAAAACAGCAUAACAGUUGACAAACACUCAGGGAAGAGAAUUCCCUCUAUAACAAUGGUUUACACUGUGUAAUGCAUAGUCAGUAAGCUCCAACAUGAAUUCUGACCAAUAAUGACUCAGCAGAAGUGCUUAGUAUGGUGUGGUUUAUAAUUAUUUUGUUUUUGUUGGCAGAUUUUGCCAGGUAUGUCAGACAUAUUGAGUUACAUACCAAGCAUGAAUCCUCGUGUACAACAGCCUUGUUUGCAGUUCACUUACUGGAGUGUUGUGUUUAUGGAACAGACAGUACAAGGUUCACAGGUAAUACUAACUGCAAGUAUAAUUAAAUAACGCUAUUUAACUUCAUUAGCCUCUGUAGAGACACGUUGCCCGUUGUGUAGGUUAAACUUAAUGGAAUCCUGUGGUUUGUCAUGAAACUUUUUUUACAGUUCUUUCAUAUUAACUCUCUUCUCGACUUGGCACAAUAUGCUCUGUGUGGGAUGUUAGAAAUAGAUUUCGCUUUUUUUAUUUCUCUCCUUGACCUGACCCUCUGGAGAAAAGUAGAGAAUUUGGUACAACACUGGAUUCUUGAUGCAACCUGUAACUUUAUACCUUAGUCUAUUUCCCUGAAAGACUUGCUUUCCACCGAGAUUCAUGUUGUUCUUAGAACAAAAAAAAAUCGAAACGUUUGACUAUGUAUUUUUUUACUUUUUGCCUUUUUUUGAAGAUGACCACGCCAAGAAGUGUCAGCAACGAGGUUGUGGAUUGAAUUAUAUUUUUUUCUCUCUUUUUAGAGAACUGCUUUAGCUUCCACAUUACGUCAUAUUGGCGAAGAACUCUACAGACCUCAGGUAAUGUCAUUCUCUACAUUGAUUCCUACUAGAUUCAUAUAAUCUUUAACAGUCUGCGACACCAUCGGAAGCUGCCAGCAUCGCACGUAUUCAGACGAUUCGAGACAGCACAGACAAAUGUGCUCCUCUUUUUUCUCGGUCUUGGCGAUGUUUUUUUCGCAUUGGCGGAACUAGGGAAGAGGCCUGCGUGAUUAGGGUCCCCUAGUCCCCUAGUGUUGUUGUCUUUAUCCUUGAAUACUUUGCAAAGUCUCACAAUAAACUUUGAACUUUGAACUUCGAUGAGGCCAAACUGAAGCCCUCGGGGCCGGGAAAACUUUUUGCGUGGCCAAGACUCCCUCUUUUCUUAGGGUCUGGAUGAGAGCUCCCCCCAACUCCUUGUUGAUCUGAAUCCGCCACCAGUUUGACUCGAUUUUGGUGCGAAAACUGGCGCCCAGCGACGUAACACAUACCUGUUGCUGAUCGUACUGCUUUUCAGGUAACCAAGGUUGCAGAGGAAGGAGCUACUCCAAAAGGCGAAAGGCACAAAGCUGAUAUUUAUUUCCACAGUCCAAACAUUGCUGUCAGAAUUCUGUCAUCUCUCAUCAUUCUCAAGACUCUUUCUCGAGGUCAGAACUGUUAGAUAAUGGUAGUUGCAGUAAGAUAAUGCCGUCAUAAAGAUGGUUUAUGUUAAGCUUUAGGAAGCGCGGGAAAAGAAGCUGCUGAAAAUGUGCAGCCAGUGCCGAGGGCGGGAAAACACGUGGAACCCUUGCAAAGCGCGGGAAAAAGACAGAGUUGGUGUUUAUUAUUAGAAAAUUUGCAACGGUUAUAAAGCGCGGGGAAACUUCUGGCCGAUAAAGUGACUGCGACCAAGUGCGCAACGCUGCGACCUGUCCCUGACGCGUCGCGUCCCAGCGACUUUCUUCUAGUGUGGCCAACCGUACAGUAGCAUUAACACGUUUCAAACAUGCUUGCCUCUUUUGUAAUAAAAGCGCAUCAGAACAGACAGAUGUUUACGUUCUUAAAGCGACGCUUACUGAUAGUAUGGUUUUGAAUCUUGUUUCGUGUUGUGUUGUUUUGUAGUUGAUUACUUGGCUCAGGUGUUCGAUGUCCUGAAGACUGAUUUGAAGGAUGAUGUGGUUAGUGUUAUCUCUUGCUGUUCUGAUUUAAGGUCGAUUCGAGGAAUUUUCUAAUCCACUAUCUAGUGGAACAGUCCUUCCCUUUUUAAUUUGAAUUUUUUUUCUGUUGACGAUUUGGACAGAAAAAAAUCUUCGAUGGGUGAAGUUGACAAUUUACCGUACUUUUUUUCAUGCUAAGAAGUAUAGUUUUAAUAUCGAGUAUGGAGGCCUAGCCCUAAUUUCUACUCAGCGAAAAAUGUGUCUGAAGUUUGAGUUCUUUUUGAAAAUUUAAGUUGGCUUCGACGUUUUACUGCAGACAACAGUAGCCCUUCUCAUUAUUUGGGAUAUCUUAAGGGUUAAAUAUUAGUUACACGAUCACAGUAGCAAUUUUUUUAAAUUUUAUUUUAUAUCUUUACUGAAGAAAGGUUUUUAUACAACAGGGCAAACAAAUAUUUCUGACCUAUGAGGGUGUAAACGUGGUGUUGUCUUACAUGAAGCCUGUCCAGAAGGUACGUUAACGGGAAUUUUCUGCAGUAUAGAGAGCACAUUGUUCCCUAGGGUCGAGAGAAGUUGGCGAGGAGGUAGUCCAAAUUACGUUCCCACCUCUUGAAACUCCCGCCUGUCCCGUCCCGAGCCGGCGAAACGGCUGAUAAGGGAGAAAGAUGAUUAAAACUUGAUAAUGGAGGAGACGAAACAGGAUUGUCCUUUUAGCCAGUUAAGUUCAUAGCCAACCAGAUUGUGUUCUCUCUCUACCAGGCUCUUCUCAGUAGCGCUGUGGAUGUGAUGUUGCUGAUGUCUGUUGAUUCACGUAAGUAAUUUUCUGUUUUUUUUUCUCGGUGAGACUACAAAUCAAUUCGAGUUCAGAAGAUUGUCUAUUACUCGCUUUACUACGUUUUUACUACUAAAUGCAGAGCGUUAUGUCAAGCUUCUGGUUGUGUUAUCUUUUUUCAGCUUUCACUGCGGCGUUUCUUGACAGUUGCUCAAAUGAGCUGUGGUUCAGGACGGCCGUGAAUCUGCUUCAGCAUAAAGGACUGGACCCUAAAAUACUAGAAAAGCUAAGCAUUGUUUUACAGAGACUUUCCAAAAUCAAGUAAGUACAUAUAUAACGACGACUCCAAUAUGUUACAAAUCAGGUUGUUGUUGUGAUGAUCAAUUUACCGGAGGAAACAGGAUAAUUAGUAAUCAUCCAUGAUAAAAAAGUACUCGGCUCUACUUGUGAUCGAUUUUGUGUUAUUGGUCACGUUUCUCGAAAGUCCUGAUAACUUUUGGAGUCGGGAACGUUGUUUUACUCACCAAGAUUUUACGCCGAAACGCUGUGUGGGUUUGAGCUCGCAAACCAACGAACUUGCAAUACCAUGACAUUGUAGAGCAUGAACAGUAAAGUCUGCGGCCGUAAUUGCUUGCUUUGUGCCUUUCUUCGCAGUCGGCAAAUAAGUAUGAGUUCCAAUCAGGGUAUAUCUCUUUUUCUAACAGUAAACGUCCGAAUGAUUUGCUUGUAAAACGGUUCAUCGGAAAAUAUAUUAUCCCUGUAUGUCUUUCCAAGUAUCACACCUAUAGAAACAAAGUGAUGUACAACACAAAGUUGAGUUGAAAACGCCAUGUUAUUUUACUUUUCAAGAAAGUUUACUGCGUGUUCAAAAUAAAGUGACAGACGACCAAUAACAUCGCGACGUAAUUAACCAAUCAGAUCAAUAACCAGAGUAAAAUACCAUCAACUGACGUGAUACAACUCACUUUGACUCUGAAGAUGACUACCGCACAGGUUGUCGAAACGUCAGUCACUGUCAAUAAAAACAGUCCUAUUCAGGACUACGUUCAUCCAGACGAUCAAACUCAACCUACUUUAGAAAGGUUCUUGUCAUGAUACAGUCGAACUUCCGCUAACGGCCACUUUCUUUUGCCCCCAAGGUGGCCGUUGGUAGAGAGGUUCAACUGUAUAAUCCAAGUCAGUUAGGAGCCCUAGGCUCCGGACACGCAACUGUUCGCUUUUGCUCACUUUUCUGAAGGAGAAGAAGCGCUUGAAUCGGUAGCAAAGGAACCCGGGAGCGGGUCCUUUGGUCUCCGACCUUAAAGGUUAAUAGAAUUUGUUUUAGACUGUAGAAUGUCUUACCUGAUUCUUGUCGCUCUUAAACUCGCCAAAACGAAAGAGUUUCAGGUAAACCUUGUUUGUACUUGUUUUUGCAGAUCCAAUCGUCGAUACUUUGAGGCUUUUCAGAUCUCUCCUCUGGUACAAGAAAUGGUACGGACUUGUGAUCCACAGAAUGCUUUUCUUGCUCUAAACCUUCGAUCCAUCAUCUUUAACCUCGGCCAGGGGAAGACGUGACAUACUAUGCUGAAACGGUUUAGAGCGAAUGCACCAACUUCAUGCAGUCAGGAUUAAGGGUCAGUGACGAGUGCCGAUAUGUCACUAGGCAUUUGAUAUGACGAGGGAUACAGCGAAGAGGCAGUGGAUCCGAUGGACAAGAAAAAUGAAUGACUACAAGUAGAAGGAAACUGGAGAUGUUUCCUCGUGCGCUUUUUUCGGUGGCAAAGCAGAAUGUCGAGAUACAGGAUCCACACAGG